AUGGGGCAAACUUUAUCAGAGCCAGUGACCACUAAGGAAACCUCAUCAUCUUCAAAUAAGCAUUACAAAGUGGGCUCAUCUUGUAUGCAGGGAUGGAGAAUAAGUAUCCUUUAAAACUACAGUCUUGUUGCUAAGGUGCAACAUAAUUGCUUAUCGAAACAUCUCAUUAAAUGUGACCCUCCACAGGCAAAUAGGUAAAAAGUUGGUUGCAUAGAUUCAGUAUACUUACUAGCAUGUCACAAUAUCACACAUAUUUUUGCAGUCAAAUGAUGUCAUUCAUUGCUACCGACACUGAAUCCUAUUCAGGACUACACUCACAAGAAUACUGGUAACAAAAUAAUUCUCUCAAUAGCUUUUAGCCCGCGGCGGGGGCGGGGGGGGAGGUACUUCCUUACAUAAGCUAUAUAGGUAUGUGCCGCCCCAUCGGGUAGGGUUUUUGCGCUGUUUUGGUCUGAAAACGGGUAUAGACUGUGAAUAUUUUGGUCUGCAAUCGGAUAUUGUUUUCAAGGGAACUACAGGAAUGUAUGAACGUAUUUAUGGUUUCAAUUCCCAGUAAAUAAAAAUGAAACAGAAAUGUGGGAAUUCAAAACACAUUUAACCCUCCACAGGCAAAUAGGUAAAAAGUUGGUUGCAUAGAUUCAGUAUACUUACUAGCAUGUCACAAUAUCACACAUAUUUUUGCAGUCAAAUGAUGUCAUUCAUUGCUACCGACAUUGAAUCCUAUUCAGGACUACACUCACAAGAAUACUGGUAACAAAAUAAUUCUCUCAAUAGCUUUUAGCCCGCGGCGGGGGCGGGGGGGAGGUACUUCCUUACAUAAGCUAUAUAGGUAUGUGCCGCCCCAUCGGGUAGGGUUUUUGCGCUGUUUUGGUCUGAAAAUGGGUAUAGACUGUGAAUAUUUUGGUCUGGAAUCGGAUAUUGUUUUCAAGGGAACUACAGGAAUGUAUGAACGUAUUUAUGGUUUCAAUUCCCAGUAAAUAAAAAUGAAACAGAAAUGUGGGAAUUCAAAACACAUUUAAAGAAUAUUUUUGUUUGCACUCUUAAUCUACAUGUAAGUAACGAUGACAAUUUUUUUCUAAAGGCCAGGUCUGAAAACAGGUCUGGAUUUUAGAGGUCUGGUCAGAAAAUGGAUGUGGAAAAUGACAUCUUUUGGUCUGACAUAGGGUCUGGAUUUGAUGAACCGGGCAGCACACCCCCACCAAGAAUUCCCAGGAGUAUUCCCCUGGGGUUUUUAGAUACAUGCACAUAUCAUGAUAAAUAAGAUGUCCUUAUAUGAGUAAAUCCUUAAUUCUCGUGAUCAGACAUGGAAGAUUCACACACAGAGAUUUUGUCUCUCAGGGAAGACAAAGGCACUGCUUUCUUUGGAGUGUAUGAUGGACAUGGAGGUUUGUCAUAGAUCAAGACUUAAAGUCAACUACAAGGGGUUCUCAAAUCCUGUCUUCCUGUGUAUUUUUUCUUGUUAAUACCACUAUCUUGCCCUUCUUUACUACUAAAUCCCAAUCCUGCCCAAAUGUUUUCAAAAGUUUAUUUGUUUAAUAAGACUAACCUUAUGCAGGUUACGCUAUGCUUUGAUGUUUGAGGCUCUCAACAUUGUCUCUAGUGACUGAUCCUAUCUUCCAGGUAAUGAUCAGUAAAUUUCUGAGGUACAUCUCUAUUAAAGGACUUGCUUGUAAUAGCAAAAAUUUGAUUUGAUUGGCUUUGAUAACAGUGAAUGCAACGCAACCACAGAAACCGCUGAUAGGUAGGCCAUGUAGGCCUAUCUUUGGCUUCCUUUAAAUGCAGUCACAGCAAAAAUUCCUGUAUCCUGUUAAUUUUACAUUACAAUUCUCGUAUCCUAACCCCCCCCAAAACAGAAAAUCCUGCUCCUGGUCAUUAUUAAAAUUCCCGCGUCCGGCUCCUGUUUUUAGCCCAUAUCCCAAGCAUCACCAUGAAAAUAAUAAAGCCAAAUCCCACUCCCACCAACCCUAUUGUGGACCCCCAAGACUGUUGUUAUGGAAAUUUUCAAAUUGCCAGGAAUGCAAGGAAAUGAUUCUUUUUCCCCUUACGUCAGUGGGGCACACAAGUUUAUCUGUUAUUGUGCACAUGAGCAGUCAGACACAUGGGAAUGGGGAAAAGGUGCAACUUCUCCUUUCACCUGCUCCCCCUUAGCCCAUCUGCUGUUAUUCAGCCAUUUCAGUUUAUGCAGUUCAACUUAGAGUUUAUGAGAUUUCGUCAGAUUUUUAACAACUCCAAACUACGCACCAAAGAGCUUGAAUUUGCUUCUUAGAACCAAUUCAAUAAAAUGUGUGUUUUGAUUGGCUCCAAUAGUACCCUUAUUGCAAUUGGCCGAAAAUGGUGCUAAUGCAGGGAGAAAUUUGCACAAUUUGCCCCUUGACAUUAUCUCAGGCACCAAAUAAAAAAUGAAGUAAAAAUUACCAGUUUAACAUGCUAUCAUUUAAGUGUCAUAGCUUCAUCCAGUAUGUGUAGUAAUGGCUUGAUUUGUGAUUGAAUUGUUAGGGGCCAGAGUAGCACAGUAUUGUGGCAGAUGCAUUCACACAAAGAUUGUUAAUCACUCGGCCUGGGGUAAGGAAGGCCACAAUAAUAACAUUGUAAAUUUAAUAUUGUUUUUUAAAUCAAUGUUAAUGUACAUGUAUGUAUUUCAGUCAAAGUAACUUAAUUGCAUCAGUUUUGUAUCAGUUUAAACUAAACCAGCAUAUGGUGUAUACAUUUUUCUUCAAAUAAUUAUUAUUAAUAAUUAUUAAUAAUUAUUAAGACAGUGUGAUAUAUUAGGCAACUUUAAGAAAAUACGGUCUGUUCUUUCAAGGGUUUUUCUUUCUGUUGGUCAGGUUAUUUUGCUGAGAACUAAUUUGAUGACGUCGAAACAUUUUGUCAUUGUAGAUAAAGCUUUGUUUAUUUAUUGUUUAUUGUUUUGUUUGCCAUAAGUUAUAAAAACAAAAAAAAAUCUAAUUAUUUAAACUCUCAUGGUGAGGAAGCCCAAGAGAAGCCACCGGGCUUGUAAGGAAUGGGCUCCCUCAGUUAGAUAAUUAGAACAAAAUAUUAUCAUAAUUACACAUUUUUGAUUCAAAUGUUCCAUUCAUGACUAAAGUAUGUCAAUCAUUGCUAUUUUGUAGUGGAACUCUCUUGUAACAUUGUAUCCUUUCACAAAGUAGUGUGUUGUCAACUCUCUCAUAGUCCUGUCCCUAGAAUCUGAGAUACUGUAUAUAUUUUUUGAUAAAUCAAUAGUAUUGCUUUUCAUUCCUAUUCACAGGAAAAGGUAACAUACAUGAAGCCAUAAAAGGUGGCUUCUUGUCAUGUGACACAGACAUGCAGAAAGGUAUGCUCAGAAGUGUUGACUUUGGCUAAAAUAUUGUUGUCACCCUGUCUAUAGAGCAUUUCCACUCAUGUGGCCAGCUGUUAUGCAAAUUGAUUGAAACAAAAGAACAGGGUUGUCACUAAGAUUUCAAGUUGCCGGGUAAAUACAACAAGUAGGCGGGGAAUCAAAUGGCUAGGGAUUUCUUUUGGUUCUAUUUUUCUUCUAUUUUCCAAUAAAAGUAGCCAGGGGCCACUCUCUUAGUAGCUGGGGAAAAUCCCCGGCCCCCAGCUCUUAAUGACAACCCUGAAAGCACGUUUUUACAUAAGAAAAAGCUUCAACUCCCCCAGGACUGAAUUGAGACUCCAACAUGGCUGCAUUUGAAAACGCUCAAUUACUGUCAAAGCUAAUAGAAUACAAUGAGAUGUGCAGACAAUAAGGAACUGAGUUAUUAAAUAAUUUCUGUUUGUUUGGUGUUCAUAAAGUGUGAAAAUUUAUUUUUGUAUCAUUGUUUUUAAUCCUAAAUGAGAUACUUAACGUAGCAAACAAUAGGUAGGUUUUGCUAUUGAAGGAUUGGCACCUUUUCAGUUUUAUCACUCUUACAGCAUGGUAUGCUGUCAACUUGAACAUGACGAGAGAGAAUAUACAUUAACCUCAAAAAACUGCAAGUCUAAGAAAAGCAAAAUCAUCAUAAUAGUACAAAGUAGGGGCUUUGUCUUUUACUGUAAAUCUAAUCCAAAAUUGAGCAAGUUAAUGUCAAUAUUAGUAACUGCUGCUGAAGAACACAGUUGCUUUGCUUCCUUUGGUAAACAGCUGAAGUGGUACGCCCAGGCCAUCACCUACUUUUAUUUCCUGUAUAAUUUGGUUUUCCUAUCUUAGGUUAUCAUUUAUAUAAUUUUCACCAUUGGUUUUAUUUUGUUUUGAUUUCAGAUGAACAGAUGAAGGAUGAGAUGGCAGGAACAACUGCUGUAGUAGUUAUUCUCAAAAACCAGAAAAUUUAUUGUGUAAGAAUAUCCUUAGUGUUCUUAAUCAAUGGCAGUCACCCCAGUGAUCAAGCAAUUUUUUUUGCAUCAUACUGGCUCUGAAAGUAGUGAUCUUAAUUUGUGGCAUUUCUUGGCCUGGGGUAAAGUCCACUUACAUUUGUUUGACUUGGAAAAAUUCACAGCCUCCUGGAAAACGUGAUGGAUCGCACGGCAAUUGUGUGAUUGGCACUGUCAAUGAAUAAGUUUACAUCUAGUAUUAGUGGUGGUAGUAGUAGUAGUUGUGGCUAACAGGGUGCUAACCGAUUAAGGGAAUAAUUAUGUUCAUUGUACUAACAGGGCAUGUUAUGUUAGGGCCCUGAGGUACACCUUUUGCUGAAACUGGGGCAAGAGUGAGCUUUGUUGAAUAUUUUCUUCACUCUUGACAGCACUUUUAUUUUAUAUAUAAAAGAAGGAAGAUAUAUAAAAUAAAAGAAGAAAUAGCCACAGAUGUAUUGUCCAUUACUUGACAGUGUUUGAGAAACAACAAACUUUUUAAAUGGUAAAGUCCCCUUUAAAGGUGUAGUACCAAUGUAUGAAUGAACUGUGCCAUAUGUGAUGAAAGGUUGGAAUAAUAUUUUGUAUCACUUGGCAAGUAAAUGGCGUGAAUUAUACAAUAAUGCACCCAGAGGGUUGUAUAAGGGUUUGCAAAAUAACUGGUGUUUCAUGGUAGAUAAACGGUUUUCUGCAAUGUACAUGUACUUUUUGUAAUAUCCACCUCCUGAUUUUCUUGGUCUUUUUAGGGAAAUGUUGGUGACUCCAGAGCAAUAGCAUCAAAGAAGGGAGCAGUUGAACAACUUUCCUAUGAUCAUAAACCCAGCAAUGAUGGUAAGGCUGUCAUGUUAGACGUGUCUGAUUGUAAAAAUUCUUGCUUACUUUUGAUUUCCUGUUAAAAAUUAUGUUACCAUUGUGAUUAGCUAUAGAAUAUUUCAUUAGUUCAAGAACUGGCUUAGGUUUUUUCUUUUAAAGUUUUUGGCAUUGUACGAGUGCAAGUUAAAGGAACCAGGAUUAGCACAAUUGGUUAGUGUGCAGCCUUCUGUGCAAGAGGUCCUAAGUUUGAUUCCCAAAUGUGACCUCAGACCCUUGUUUCCACGGCUGUGGCUAAAAUUUCAAGUUGCUGGGUAUAUGCAAUUAACCCUUUAAGCCCCAGUAUCAACAUACAUAUUCUCCACCUGAUCUGCAUACAUUUCCUUAAAGAAUUAGUUGAGAGAAUUUGAUAAUAGAUCAAGGCAUUUUCUCUUGGGUGAUCAUUUUAUUUAUUCUCAUAACGUAUCUCUUGACAAUGUAUGGAUAUCAUUGGGAGAAAAUUGCUGUUGGUCACUAUUGGGACUUAAAGGGUUAAUAGGAGGGGACUUGUACAGCUAGGAAGUUCUUUAGGUUCUAUUAUCCUUUUGUUUCCUUUAAAAGUAGCCGGGGCUCACACUCAUAGUAGCCCCCCAGCUCUUAAGUGACAGCCCUGCUUGUUUCAGCUUGUUUCCUUUCCAUGUAGCAUUAGGUCAGCUAUGGAGCACUGAUGAAGAGAGGGGGGUAAAAAGAGUGCAUGGCUGGCUUCUGGUUUGUCAGUCAGAUAAUGACUAUUUCGAGCUACAGACAUGAAAUAAGAACCCUUUACACUGUACCUUUAUCCUUUGAGUCACGUAAUCGCCGUCAAAAUAAAAUUUGUAAUGUUGUAGUCUUCUGGGAUAUCUACCAAAGUAAUUGAUUUGGUGUGCAUGGAAUAAGGCCUUAUGUCAAGCCCCAGGAUUUCAGCGGAACAAUCGUUUCCGGUACUUUGUUAUUACCGUGAUUUUAAAAUAAUGGAACCUAAAAAUAGUUUCCCAGUGACGUAUCCUCAGGGAUCAAAAUACACAAACAUAGUAUUUUUCCACUCGGAUUCUUAACUAGCAGAGCAAUUCUUAAUGAUUCAGCUUUUUUUUAAAUGAAGUUUUAAAAACGUUUCUGUUUUUCUAUCGUCCACCAUCUUAAUUGAUCGUUUCCAAAGUGCAUUACACGUUACUGAUGACUCAUGCGUGAAAGAUGUUUUACAGCUAACAACAGCGAUUGCUAUGGUUUCCAGCAUUUCUCUACAUUAUAAGAAAUAAAAGUGGGCUCUCAUGAAUUUUCACGGAAGCAAAAAAUUGUUGCAGAUGGUUUCCCACGAACUCUGGACAAGGAACCGAAAAAUUGUUAUCCAUGAGAUCUGAAAUCGUAGGGCUUGAAUUUGGUCCUCAAAUUCUUCUUUUAUUUCUCAAGCAUAUUCAAGGAAACUUAGAAGGAGAACUAGUUUGGGGCUUUAAUUGGCAGAUUGGCCUGUCUGUUGCUCACCAUCUAUUGAAACCCCUGAAAGGCUAAACUGUUUCCACUUGAUUGCUGAUUUGCAUCAUCAGCCACAUUAUUCCUUCAUGUGUCCACUUCUCAUUAAAAACAACAUUUUCUCUCUUUUAUUCAAGAUGAAACCAGAAGAAUUAUUGCAGCAGGAGGCUGGGUAGAGUUUAACAGAGUAAAUGGUAAGUAGAUUAAAUUGAAUUAUUGUUUCGGGUUUCAGUGCUUAGGUUCAUUUUGAUUGGCGGUAUUGAAUUUGUUAUGUGUGAUGUCCUGUAGGUAAUUUGGCUUUAUCAAGAGCCCUUGGAGAUUUUUGCUUUAAAAAGAAUGACAAGAAAUCUGCCGAGGAACAGAUUGUAACAGGUACAGUAAGAUGGAAGAAUCUUUUGUACACUUUCACAUCUGGCACCAAUGAAGAGCGUAAUAGGGAGAAGGAUACAGAGUGUUCACAAAAAUGUUUACUGUAUUCUUCCUUCACAGUGCAAGCAGUACAUCAUAAGUGUUAAAAUUAGCACAUGUAGUGUUUUCUUUUUCCUUAUUUCUUACUGUCAAGCCAGGUCAAGCAUACCCCGCAAGAUCCUAUUAAUGAACUUAUUAUUCGAAAGUUGAAUCCAUUGGUAGUUGUAGAUUUCAGAUUCCUCUCUGCAUUCCGGUGUGAGUAAUGAGCGGUGAAUUCACACACGAGGUAGCUAUGAAAUUUCUACCAGCCCAGGUUUCUUUAGUUAUGAUGUAAAUAACUUCAAAGCAAUUCUAUACAUUAAAAGAUUUUUCAAUCUGACCAAAUACAGAGAUGUUAUCAUAAAAAAUUCACGUGCUGGAAUGCAGAUUUGAAUUUGAUACUGGUUGUGGCAAAGACUGAUGGAUUCAUUUUUCAAAUAAUCGAUUUAUUAAUAGACAGUAUGAGGGGUAUGUUUGACCUGGCAUGACUUUAACAUUAAAAAGAUAAUCAUGAUCAUGUACUCGAGAUAAUUUCAUCAUAAACAUUUUGUUUUGGCGUUAUUGGUAUAGGUAAUAGCAUGAUUUGUAGUGAUAUUUGGUAUAAAUACCACUAGUGAUAUUUCAAAAUUGUUAUACAUAAUUUCACGAGCCGAUAGGCAAGUGAAAUUUGAGACAAUUUUGAAAUAUCACGAGUUGUAUUUAUGCCAAAUAUGUUGUACAAAUCAUGCUAUUAUUUGUUUAUACUACUACCCGCAAAAGGUUUGUAAUUUUCGCCUGUAGGUAUUUCAAAUUAAGCUGAAAUACCACGCUCUAAGCCAAACAAAUUGCAGAAAUUUCUCAUGUAGUACUAUAAAAAGCUUAAUAGUACCUAAAUACUGUGAAAUCCUUAAGUAAGCCAGUAAAAAUGAUCUUAUCCUCCUCUUAUCUUCCUGAUGUUUAGCUUUCCCAGAUGUUAUACAAAAAGACGUUACUUCAGAUCAUGAAUUCAUUGUAAUAGCUUGUGAUGGUUAGUUGCUCAUUCAUUCUAUCAUUUUGGUGUAUUAGAAAUGUGUGAUUUUUAUCUUGUCUACUCACUUUCUUGUGUGCUUAUGAAUAAGUGUGCAUUGUCUUUCCUCAGUGUUGCGCAUGUUUUGCCAUUACAUUGUUUUCUAUCGUGGGUACCUGUACUAUGCUGUUUUAACAGAAUAAAAAGAAGCUACUUUUUAGAACAUUUAGCUACUAAAAACUGCGUAAAAUUUUUUCUUAAAAACAUUUAAGAAAUUUUUAAAAAAGUUAAACUAUGCGACGUUUCGACAUUCCCAGACGUCAUUAUCAAGUAAAAAGUAUACAGAGUGAAUGUUCUAUAAAUACAAGAAAAACAAUAUUUUUAACCUUCAUAGACAGAUUUAAGUUUUAUUCUGACUGUACUGUAAACUUUUUUUAGGAAUCUGGGAUGUCCUAUCUAAUCAAGAAGUGGUUGACUUUGUAAGAACAAGGAUAUCGCAAAGAAUGGAACCAGAACAGGUUCGUAUGUUCAUCGCAUGAUGUUCUUUCUUGUUCUCCAUUUCAGUUCCCUGUUAGACCACUGGUAUGUUUCACACACUGUAUUUUCUUGAAAAUCUCUGAAAUUAUUCUCCAAGGCCCAGUUAGAGCGAUUUUCGUAUGACCUUGAAAAAUGGUUUCGGUAAGAGUUCGUCAUCUGUUUCAUGAGCCAAUGGAUGAAAAGAUCAAAACAUGGACUCUUCGUUUUCCCGCCAAAGAAAACCCUAACAUGGAGAAGACAUUGUUCGAUUGGCCAAUCGUGUUGCAGUAUGACGUCAAAGCGAAGUAUCAGUUGAUUUCUAGAAAGUUCUCGGGCAUGAAGUGUUUUCACCCGAACGUUCGCUUAACCAACCAAAAGCCACCCGCGUUUGUAUCUGUUCGAUAAACCAAUCAAAUCGCUCUAUUUCCUUCGUUUGUUGUUUCUGUUUUGUUCGCACGUUUUCAUUUCAAGGUCAUACGAAAAUCGCUCUAAUAUGGAGGAAAGUUGCCCGAGGGAAAGGGGGUCACGUCACCCUCCCACUCCCAGCCAAAUCAAAUUUGGCGAACGUUUUAGUGAGGAAAACGUUGCCCACUUGGCCCGAGGCAAGAGACAACAACGACGCUCGGGCAUGCUCUGAGUUGAUUCAGCUGAGUAAGCCAAAGUGUUUAUAAUAUGGAGAAUAGUUGGCCCAGCGAGAAAGGUGACCCUACCAUUAAAGGGUCACCCUUCUAGCCAAGCCAACUUUUUCUUUCUCAUGUUAACGGCUCGCCAAGUUUUGAAAGGACAUGUUGUUUGUUUUUUUUUCCUGUGUAAGAUAAAACUACUUUGUUGUCUACAAUCAAACAAGGAAAGGCUGAAUUUGAAUUAUUAGAUUAUACAUUUCAUCAAUGGAUUAUUCAAUGAACAAUCAGAACCAAUUGUCAAUUAAUUAUGAUUGGGUCCGUCAACAACGGGAACGCUUGUCGCUCCAUACAGGUUUGGCUUCAAUUAUUUUCUUCUCUCAAUUUUUACUUGAUAUUUUCAUCUCAGAUCUGUGAAGAACUUCUCACGCGGUGUUUAGCACCAGACUGUCAGAUGGGCGGCUUGGGCUGUGACAACAUGACAGUUAUUAUUGUUUGUUUUCUUCAUGGAGGAACGUACGAAGAACUCUGCGAAAGAUGCUCAAGACCAAGUGACUCUAGUUCGUAUAAUGGCAAUUCACAACCACUUUAUUCUUGA